AUGCCCCUUCCCCCUUCUUCCCAGCCCCGGUCCAAGCGGCGUCAUUCUCAGUCGUCCGAGGCACCACCGGCUGGUUCCUCACCCAACGGGGCAGGCCCCUCCAACGCUCGAUCGCCUCUGGGGUCGUCGCCUCCCCCUUCGUCACCACCAGAGACAGUCCGAGGCUUCGACGAUUUUGGAGAUGAGGAGGAUGUGGGCGAUGAUGAGGAGCGGGAAAUGCGAGAGCGCGGGCGGAGAAGAGACCAGGCGGACGAUGAUGGGGAUGACGAUGGAGAGGAUCUGUUCGGAGAUGAGAUGUUCGGGGACUACGAUUCGAACGCUGCGCUUGACACCUACUCCCAGGCGGACAUCAAUGAUGACGAGGACGUUGGCGGGCUGACGGUCGCCCAGCGUCGACAGGCCGAAGAGGCGAUGCGAAGACGGGAUGCUGGACGUCCCAGCGGUCGAGCGAGGCGGAGGGAGAACAUGCCGGCCUUCCUCGCGUCAGACGAUGCGCCCGAGACGGGCGGGGAUGGCUUGUUGGACGGGGUCAACGUCAGGCGGAGGCGGAGGCAGUAUGACGAGCGGAUGGAAGAGGACGAUGUCGAAGAGGAUCAGGAAAUGUCGCUUGAACAUCUUGGCGAUGUCAAGGCGGCGAGUAUCGCUGAGUGGGUCUCGAUCGAGGCGGUCAGGCGGGCGGUCCAGAAGCAUUUCAGGAGUUUCUUGAUGACCUAUGUCGAUGCCAGUGGGCAGUCGGUAUAUGGGCAGCGGAUCAAGCAUCUCGGAGAGAUCAACUCGGAAUCCCUCGAAGUUUCCUUCCUGCACCUCGGUACCUCCCGACCUAUUCUUGCCUACUUCCUCGCCAACUCCCCUCAACCCAUGCUCGCGCUCUUCGAUGAGGUCGCCCUGGAGGCGAUUCUCCUUUACUACCCCUCAUACGAAACGAUCCACUCGGAGAUCCACGUCCGUAUCACCGAACUCCCCACCUCCCUCUCCCUGCGUGACCUCCGUCAAAACAACCUCAACUGCCUCGUCCGCGUCACUGGCGUCGUCACUCGUCGGUCCGGCGUCUUCCCUCAGCUCAAAUACGUCAAGUUUGACUGUGGCAAGUGCGGUCAUACCCUCGGUCCCUUCUUCCAGGACACCAACAAGGAACUCCGGAUCUCGUUCUGCUCCAAUUGCGAGGGCCGCGGGCCCUUCACCGUCAACUCGGAGCAGACGGUGUACCGGAACUACCAAAAGAUGACUCUGCAAGAGUCGCCCGGGUCGGUUCCUGCCGGUCGUCUCCCUCGUCAUCGGGAAGUCAUCCUCCUCUGGGACCUCAUCGACGUCGCCAAGCCCGGAGAGGAGAUCGAGGUUACCGGUAUUUACCGCAACAACUUUGAUGCCUCGCUCAACACCAAGAAUGGCUUCCCAGUCUUCUCUACCGUCCUCGAGGCCAACCACAUUACCAAGAAGGAGGACCUCUUCGCCGCUGUGCGGCUCACAGAGGAGGAUGAGAAGAUCAUCCGGACCAUGGCCAAGGAUGAUCGGAUCACCAAGCGGAUCAUCAAGUCGAUCGCGCCCAGUAUCUACGGGCACGACGAUAUCAAGACAGCGCUGGCGCUGAGUCUUUUCGGCGGUGUCGCCAAGGAUAUCAACCGGAAACAUCGGAUUCGAGGGGAUAUCAACGUCCUCUUGCUCGGAGAUCCGGGUACAGCCAAAUCCCAAUUCCUCAAAUACGUCGAGAAGACCGCCAAUCGGGCCGUCUUCACUACCGGUCAAGGAGCGUCCGCGGUCGGUCUCACCGCCUCGGUUCGGAAAGACCCCAUGACCCGUGAAUGGACGCUCGAGGGUGGUGCCCUCGUUCUCGCGGAUAAGGGCCACUGCCUUAUCGACGAGUUUGACAAGAUGAACGACGCGGACCGGACAUCCAUCCACGAGGCGAUGGAGCAGCAGUCCAUCUCCAUCUCCAAGGCCGGUAUCGUCACCUCCCUUCAGGCCCGGUGUGCCAUCAUCGCCGCCGCCAACCCUAUUCGAGGGCGGUACAACCCCACUAUCCCCUUCCAGCAGAACGUCGAGCUCACCGAGCCCAUCUUGUCCCGGUUCGACGUGCUCUGCGUCGUCAAGGACGCGGUCGAUCCGGUACAGGAUGAAAUGCUCGCGCGUUUCGUGGUGGGCAGUCACCUCCGGAGUCAUCCCAACUUCAAUCCGGAGGAGGACGAGGUCAGCGUGUCUACUACUGUCGAUGCCGAUAUCAUCCCGCAAGACCUCCUCCGCAAGUACAUCAUGUACUCGAAAGAGCACAUCCGGCCCAAGCUGCACCAGCUCGACCAGGACAAGCUCGCUCGGCUGUACUCGGACCUUCGGCGCGAAUCACUCGCGACGGGCUCGUUCCCCAUCACGGUCCGUCAUCUUGAGAGUAUGAUCAGAAUGUCGGAGGCGUCGGCCAAGAUGAAUCUGAGGGAGUAUGUGCGGGCGGAUGAUAUCGAUCUGGCGAUUCAAGUGACGGUGGGGAGCUUUGUCGGGGCGCAGAAGAUCAGCGUCAAGAAGACUUUGGAGAGGGGCUUCCGGAAGUACGUACACCAAGCCAAAGAUAACGAAGAACUCCUCGCUUUCCUCCUCGGCCAACUCGUCAAGGACAAGUCUCAACUGUAUCGGCACGGCCGAGGCGUCAACCCCGAUUCCGUCCAAGUCCGGGUCAGCCAGCUCGAGGCGCGCGCAAAAGAGCUGGAGAUUUACGAUGUGGGGCCGUUCAUCAAGGGAAGGCUGUUUAGGGCGAAUGGGUACAAGAUUGUGGGUGAGGGUGCGGAUAGGGCGGUGGAGAAGGUGUUUAAUGUACCUGGGGCGCAGGAUGAGCUGUAG